AUGCCUAAAACCAGUGCAUUUUAUUCUGUGUAUUUACAGAUGGGGUGUGAGUGGGUUUGGUUGGGUUCUGGACAAGACUACCCUGAAGAUUCUGAGCUGAGCAAUGACUACAGGUCCCUCUUCAGCUCCUGGGACUCCAGUCUGGAUCUUGAUGUGGGAAGUUUGAAAGAAACCGAGGAUCCAGAUGCAGGGGCUGAAGAACUAGAAGGAAGCAGCCCAGAAAGAGACUCCAGUGAGUUCGUUGUGGACGAUGUCGACAGUGAAGAACCUCAGGAGGAGGCAGAGCCAGGCAGCAGCCAGAACCCCCUCCACUCCCUCUCUGAGGGGGAGGCUCAGCAUGACUCAAAGGAGGAGGAUCAGGGUGAAGGGGAGGCUUCAGAAGACCAGCCCCCUUCAGGUGACUAUGAUGAUGGCAUAAGCAUACAGGAAACUCCCCUGGUGGAUAUCCUUUACAACUGUACCAACUCCUCACAACUGAAUGACCUAAGCCAAGGUGAUCCUAUUCAGGAUCAUUUCCUAUUUAAGAAGACUCUUUUGCAAGUCUGGAAGAUGAUUGCCAGUCACAGGUUCAGCAGUCCAUUUCUGAAGCCUGUGUCAGAAAAGCAGGCCCCAGGAUACAAGGAUGUGGUGAAAAGACCCAUGGACUUAACAACCCUGAAGAGGAAUGUGUCUAAGGGACGCAUUCACACCAUGGCUGAGUUCCAGCGGGAUCUGAUGCUGAUGUUCCAGAAUGCCGUGAUGUACAACGACUCUGACCAUCACAUCUACCAUAUGGCUGUGGAGAUGCAGCGUGAAGUCCUGGAGCAGAUCCAGGUGCUGAGUACUUGGUUAGACAAAAGGAAGGACUUGAGUAGUCUGGAGUGAGUACAAGUUAAUCCAGUGGAUGAAGGAAGACUCUUUUUGUUAGCCUGGAACUACAAGUCUGAUUCUUUCUCAAGUUUAUAGCUCUCCUGAAGACUGGCCAGAGAAGAUCUGAAGA